GACACUAGUACAGCAUCGGCAGUAUCUAGUCAGUUACCGGAGGACAGCUGUUCUCAGUCUCAUAGGCUGACUGCUGUUGUUCAGAGUCCCGUAAACUGACCCUGUACCUUACCGCUGGUGCACCUGUGACAAAAUAUCCUGAGUAUUGUUGUUUUUUAAGGAGCGAGACCGUCUCCGUUUUCCAAAGCAAAGCAGUGUGGUCGUGAAGUCGGUUGUGUUAACCCCAUUUUCCCAGGGACGCACAAAAGACGCACUCCCAAGUCCACCUGGAUAGCUGUGACAGAGCCGUCCGGUCCGGUUCGAGGUCCUGUGGGGGAGAGACGGUGAGGAGAAAUUAGCGCGGAAGGCAGAAGAGCAAGAAACGGAGAAGACAGGAUGAAUCUCAAGAGUCAUUUGAUUUUCACCCUCUACACUAUUUAUGGGAUUCUUCUGAAAGGCAUCAGCGGUCAGUACCCUCUGGUUCAGAAUGUGACGGUGACAGAGGGUGGGACGGCGAACCUGACCUGCCGUGUGGAGUAUAAUGACAACACCUCCCUCCAGUGGUCAAACCCGGCACAGCAGACCCUCUUUUUUGGGGACAAGAAAGCUUUAAGGGACAACAGGAUUGAGUUGGUGCGCGCAUCGUGGUUGGAGCUGACCAUCAGUAUCAGUGAUGUCACGCUGUCUGAUGAAGGGAUGUACACCUGCUCUCUCUUCACCAUGCCCGUCAGAACAGCCAAAGCCUACCUGACUGUUCUAGGUGUACCAGAGAAGCCAGAGAUCGAUGGCCUGACGAAGCCUGCCAUGGAGGGAGACCACAUCACUCUGACCUGCAUCACUCAGGGCAGCAAGCCCGCCGCUGACCUGCGCUGGUUCAGGAAUGAAAAGGAGGUGAAAGGUGCCAAAGAGGUGAAUGCAAGUGGGAAGACAUUUACAGUACGGAGCUCUCUGCAGCUGCACGUGGACAGAAAUGAUGAUGGAGUGGCCUACACCUGCAGAGUGGACCAUGUGGCACUCACACAGACACCACAGCAGGCCACUGAAGUACUGGAGGUCCACUAUGCUCCUCGUGUGGAGAUCAUCCACUCCCUUGCAGUCCCUCAAGAGGGCCAGUACUUAAAGCUCGAGUGUGUGUCCAAAGGAAACCCUUCGCCAGAUCCUGUGAUGUGGACAAAGGACGGGGGUGAACUUCCUGACCUGGACAGGAUGAUUGUAGAGGGGAGGGAGCUCACCUUUACUUCACUCAACAAGACAGACAAUGGCACCUACCGCUGCGAAGCCAGCAACCACCUAGGGACCAGCAGUGCUGAAUAUGUACUCUACGUCUAUGACGUCCCCACCACUCCGCCUCCAUCCACCACUCCCCCCCUACAUCCCAUCCCUCCAGAUCCUACUGCACUAUUAGGCGCCUCAGACCCCACAGUCACUGGCAACAGAGAUCCAAACGCCCUGGGGCAGCACGGCACUGACCAUGCCUUGAUCGGAGGAGUGGUGGCUGUAGUGGUCUUUGUCACCUUGUGUUUAAUCAUUGUUCUGGGAAGAUACCUGGCCAGGCAUAAAGGAACAUACUUGACAAACGAAGCCAAAGGAGCGGACGAUGCUCCUGACGCGGACACAGCCAUCAUCAAUGCUGAGGGCAACCAUGCGCACGCAGAAGAAAAGAAAGAAUACUUCAUUUAGACUGCAGAGGGAGCUGUGUUGCUCUCUCCACCCACUUUUUCCUCUUUCAGUCUCUGUAUCUCUUUUUCUCUCUUUCUGUGUCCCCCUCUUUUCUUCUCCACCUCUGACUACUGCCCCCGUUGUGACCACGAGGAACCCGCUGGCAGUCCACAGACAGAGAAGUUUCCCAAGCGUAUUGCCUUUUGUUGAACCCAUUUCUAUCAUUUACAUCUUGUCCUUUAUUUCUUUCUUUCCUGUUUUUGUCUUCUUUUUGGCAGCCCGUUUUCACAGGCAGCUCACCGUUGCUGCUGAAGUGGUACCCUCUGUCAUAUUUUUCCUCAUCUCUGACAUGAAUUCCUGGAAAUCUGUGUAUCAACCAUGGCUGCUUCUUACAUAUGACCCCUUGUUCGUCUUCUCUCUUGUUUCCCUCCAAGCAGACACCCAAACACAUACUAUAUCCCCUUUGUUCACACACAUCCACAAACGCAUAUCAUAUUUCACAUCAACACGGUGCCUAAAAAUACAGACGCCAUUGAACUUCUGUCAAUGCCUUCAUGUAUUGUCUGUCAGUAGCAGUGUAAAUGCUUUGUAGAUGGUUAACCGGACCAUCAUUUCAUUGCUUAGCUCACAGCUUUUGAUUAUGCAUUGCGUCUUUUUGUUUUUGUUUUUUCUUUUUAUUUGAAUGAAGAUCUGUGCUGUUUACGCCUUAUACAUGUCUAUCACACUGAAUAUGGUACUUUUAGAUGCUCCACUUCCCCCAACCCCAUCCCCUCUAAAUAGACUUGUAAUUAAACAGUUGACCCUUGUAAGAUAAGAAGAAGGUUUUGUGUAACACUGUAGCAAGGUUUGUCGGAUAAGUGUAUAAUAUGAUUUUCAUUAUUAGGGUAGGGGUAAUAAAAGGGUAGUGUGGUAUUGUUUAGAGCAGAGAACACACACCAAAAAUAUAUGAAAGAUGCUAGAUGAAGCAUUCCAUCAAAUAAACUCAAUCAGUUAUAUAAAACCAUUUGCUAAAUCUGCUGUCCUUAUGUACUUUUGUCUGUAUAUUCCUGCACUGUCCAGGCUGCAGUUUAGCGAAACACCAACACCUUCAGUGUCCUCUUGACUGCUUACAGUAGUUUGUAAUUCACAUAAAGGCUUCAGGUGUACAGAAAGAGUCAGUCUCCUCUCUCUCUAAAAGCUGUAUAAAUUGUAUUGAAGUGAGUUUAGCUUUUCACUUUGAAGAGUUUUGUUUAUGUUUAUGUCACAUUGAAAUAAUUUUAUGGCUGAAGGACCCUGUGAAAUGUAAAAUGAGUCAUUAGAAGUUAAUACAGGCUAAGAAAAAAACAAGUACACAGCUACAGUAUGUACAGAAAUCUUAAAUUGAGUUUCCUCACUCUUUCAGUAGUGUCAUUUUGAUUGACCUUCCUAUAAGCUUGAGGUCCAGGCAGCUUUCCACUGUGGUUUGUACACAAAUUUCUGUUCAUUGACCGGCUCAUUGAUAAGCAACCAAUAAUAGAAUUGCAAUGCAAAUAACAUCAGUUUGUAAUUCCACCAAUUUCUGUUUAACUAGUUUCUAACAAUUUAGUUAAACUGUAGGUAUCAGAUAUAGAUAUAUACCAACACACCGUACAUGUCCACCUCUCAAACUGCACAACUGCUCUUCUUAUUUCGGUUUAGUCAGAGUCGCUUCUCCAUGACCUGAAUUUUGAUUUCCAUUUCAUGGGGUCUUCAAGCAAAAUAAAAAUAAAUAAAUAAAUAAAUAAAUAAAGGAACUAGUGUGUGAGUGAUGGGUCAUAGAUCUGCAGGGGCCUCCUUUCCAAAACAAAAAAAAAAAUGAAGACAAAUAGAGAAGCACAAAAAUGUCUGAAUGAGUAACUGUGUUCCUUUGCCAACAGCUAGAUCACUUUUGGGAAUGGUUCUUCUAUUCAAAUGGGAAGUGGAAAGAUGACAAAGCUAUCUUUGAUUUAAUUCUGGGGAAAAAAUACAGUGCAUCUUUUUGAAAAUGUAAGCUGAAUCAUGUUUUUUAUAAAAAAAAAGAAAAAAAUGUUUCUAAUAUUUUUGGUUUAAAUGGUUCUAAGCUCCCUGCUGUAUAUUGUGUCUGCUAAAAUGUGGUUGAUUGUGAAAAUUGCUGUUAAAUUCUGGAUUCCCGUAUUCCUUCAAAUUUGUAUAUUAGCCACCUUAUCUAUUUACUUUUUUUCAUUUUUCAUUGCAUAAUCCUUAAAUCUUUUAAGCAAAUGUAUUUUGUUUUGGAACAAGGCAUGUAUAUAAUGUGUGAGAACUAAACUUUGGUAAUACACAUUAGCAUGUUUUUGUUUGGUUCUUUAUCACAAUUAAUUUAUUUGAACUCAAGUUAUUUAAGAGAGAACCACAAUGAAGGUAUAUUUGUAACUUUGGAGAAGAGUGGCUUCUUGUGUUUGUGGCAUGCUCUUAGGUGCUGCAGAUCUAAAGGAUUUGGUGUUGUAGAAAAUAAGAUUAACAUAAAAAGAAAAAAAUACAAAAUUCAGUCAAACAAAUGUUGGAAUAAAAAAAAUACAGUGUCCUGUACAGUGGCCUUUUGUCGACAGAAAUAGAGGAAAAUGUGCAUCUGUUUUUACCAAAUCCUCAAAAUGUUAAUUGGAAUUGAGAUGUAUAAAAAGAAACAGGCAAUGAAAGUUUUGCACAUGCCAAGAUAAACAUGACAUAUCCUACUAAACAACUUCUGUUUCUUUUCAUAUGUCCCAGAUAUUUGUCUUUAAUCAGUUUGCAGAAAUUUGGCUGAUUUACUACUCUCCUGUGAAAGAGUGAUAAACACUGUGGCCUCUGAAAUUAAAGACUUAAAGGCAAGGCACUAAUCUACUAAAAGGGAGCAAAUCAUUACCAAGGGCAAUAAAAUAGUCGGCCCAGCUGUCUCCAAUUCAGUGGCCAAUUUACAACAUUAUGCAAAUGAGGUCAGCAAGUAAGGUCUUUCUCUCUGUGUUAUAACUCAAGCAGUGCUGGAGUGAAUCAUUUGAUCGAUCACCUCAGUUUCUGCCUAUCGUCACCAAUGUAGGAUUUAGGUUGCAUUUUUUUUUCUUUUCUUUUAAUGCAGAUGCCACAGUUUCCAUAUUUUACAACUUUAGUGCACUUCAAUCAAUACACCAUUUACAGGUGUAACUUCAGCCUCACCACAAACCUUCAGUAGAUCCAGACUAAAGUGUUCUAGGCUGGCUCUGGUCUUUAGAAACCUUCUAUAUCACCUGUGUCUAUAAAUACAUUUAUCACAAUGAUGUAAUGUCUUCUUUUUAAUCUUUUUUUAUACAUAUAGUUCUUUUCACUGAGUCUUAAAUUCACAUUUUCUGCUGCUUUAUGUCUCUGUGUCCAUCUUAGAAAUAAGAGAAUGGAUUUGUUGAUUCUGAAGUCAGAGAAACAGGCUGUUUUAUAUUAAAUGAUCACCCAUUGAUAACCAGGCCUGCAGCGAUGAGUUGGUGUUUGCAUUAGAAAUGAAACAGGUGCCAUUUUCUGAAUUAUGCACUCUAAUUUGACAGACAGUUUUUAGUAAGUGAAAUGUGUGGUUUUUUUUUUGUUUUGUUUUUCCUUUCUGAAAACCACAUGUAAAUAUUUGUCUUGACAUGACAGUAAUGAGCUAAUUUGUUGCAAAUGGCUUUUUAUAAUAGACCAAACCUGAAUCUUUUUUAAUUUGUUACUUUAACAGCCUGGCACCUACCAUCAUGCACUAUUUUACUAUGAUAGAAUCAACUGUAGCUCUGUUACAUCUUGGGGUCAGUUCUUAGUCGUAUUUCUUUGUCGUUGUCGGUUGAAACUAAGCUUUAAACUUGUUGCCUCCUUGCUUUCCUAUAUAUAUAUAUUGGUUGGGUUAAGACCUGCAACAUCGUGGGCCUCUAAUUUCAUCCUGGCGGCAAGACAGUGACAGCACUAAUGUGGCCACAGUGGUAUUUUUUAUUGGGCACAAGUCCAUUCUUAUGUCUUGUCUCUGUUUGAUAAUUUCCUGGCUCCAAAUGAAUCCACUUUUUUCGACUGAAGGUGGGAGCAGAGCAGCUGAGGUUAUGUGUUUCUGCAGAUUAAGCAGUACAUACUGGUAGCAAUUUUGGCAUUAAAUUGCAUAACAUUUUCGUGUUGGUGAAGGCACAUACAUACCUGUACAAAAUCACAAAAAAAAUGCACCUAACAUAAAAUGCAUCUUUUGAUUUGGGUGAGUUAUACCAGUAUUCUUGCACAACUGCUUUUAAACUAUAGGAUCAAUCUGAAUCAGCUGAUUAAAACCUGCAGUCACAAUACAGCAGCAGGAGUCGUAUGUCUAUGCUCCAGGCAACAGACAGUAAAAAUAAAGACAAAUGUUAUUUUACUUACAGCUACUAUAAAAAUCAUUAUCUUACAAAAUAAUUUAUAAAUAGAAUGUUAAUUCAGCUAAAAAUAUCGGACAUCGCUCCAUCCUCGGACGCAUCCUUGGGGAGUUGUUUAUGUGUGCCUUGUGACUCUGCACCUCCAGUUUGCUCCUUUAUCCACCUCCUGUCUGCAGCUUUUAAAGAGAGAUGAGACAAGUUGAUGUGAUGUGAUUGGUGAUUAUUGAGGCUUGUCCAGACUCCACCUGCUGAUACUGCAUUGUGUAUUCAUCCUGCUACAGCCUUUUCACCACACUGCACUGCCCCUGGAGCACAUCUGGGCACAAAAUAGUUCAGUCAGUCGGGCACACACACCUCAGGUCUGAGCUCGCUAUUGCGCUUGUCCCCAGUUUGGGGAAAUUAGAGGCUCAUACCCACUAAAAAUAUCCACUCUGAAUCCCUGAUUGUAAAGGGGUGGAUAUGAACAUAAUGGCCACUUUGAGUCAUAAAAUAUCUAAGAUACUUCUUUUGUUUUAACUGUUCUUGUUUACAUUUUAACUCAUGGUCUUAAUGGUUUUCUUUACCACAGCAGUGACGAUAGCAUGACAUGGCCCAGUCCUGUCUCUCCUCCUCUGACCCAUCACACGUCCUUGCUGUACAGUUUGGCUUUAGCACGUCUUUGUUCCUCUGCAAUAUUGACACUAGAAUCAAUCAGCCCAAUCUCCAUAUUGUCACAGUGAUGAGAACAACUUGUGACACAAUCGCAUGUAGUUAUGUUCUUUUAGUGAUUUUUGUUUGUUUGUUUUUUCCAUUAUAUCUGUUUCUUUUGUUUUGCAUCUCAGGAAUAUUUUUCAUUCAGAGAUUUUUUUUUUUUUAGAUUGUGUUUUCUGUCUUAAAGGGGGACUUGUGAGCACUUCUCACUCUGCUAGCCCCUGUAUGCUGACACCAUGUAUUUGUUGAGUUUAAGAUGAUCACAAUGUUAAUAAAAUUAUUCAGUGAUUCUUCAGUAAUGCUGUCAUCUUGCUGUCAUUGGGAUAUUAGACUUAAGAAGCUGUCUUUUGAUAUGAUCACUGACUUGAAAUGCGGAGAUUUAGAAAUAUGCUGCAAAUAAUCACGAGUUUCAAUAAUGAUCAAAGUUGUGUUUAUGCACAAUGUCAUCUAAUUUUAGCUUAUGACAUGUAAGCAGUUAAAAGCUUUUGUCCUCUUGUUUUUCUUGUAGCAACACACAUCUUUAUGUAUAUCAGUCUAUAGAUGGAAGGAGUUGUGACGCACUAUCACUCACUAAAUACAAAAUGUCCACAGUAAGGCUCAGUAAAGAUCAGGAUUAGAGCUAGACACAUUAGUUGAGCUUCUGAUGUACCUUGGUGAAUGAAAUAAGGGGUUCCAUAUCAAGCUGUACUGAGAGGGCUUGAUUUGAUAUAUAGCACCAUAAUGGAGGUGUUUUUCUCCCAUUAUCCAUGAGAUUUAUUAUAUUUAAUUUAGAGGUGCGUUCUCAUGUAUGAAAUGGAAAUUGUUGAAUAAAUAGUUGCCAAAACAUC